AAGAACAUAAAGAUUACAACAGAAGCCUCCCCGUAACAGACUUAAACCCUUCAACGGAGUUCAACCCCCCCACCGUCAGUUUGAUCAUCUCUUCAGUCUGUCACAGCCUGCUUCCCACUUUCUCACCCAAUUCAACAUUUUCAUCCCGAAAAACCGUCAUAAAGGUAGAUGAGGAUUAUUGAUUCAUGAUUGUGAAAUUUAAUUCCUUUGUGAAUAAAGGUGGGAAUGGCAGAACUUGGAGAAAGCUCUGGUGCGAAGCUGUCUGGUGAAAUCUGGGCGAAGCUUGUUCCUUCAGAUUCGAGAUUUCCGGAUGUUGAGAUCAGAGAUUUUGUUCUCACUCAAGAUACCUUUCAGAGUCAAGAUAUUGGUUUGGACGAGAGUCUAAUUUGCUCUCCUAUUGACAAAUGCGAGUGGUGCAGAAUUACGAGGAACCCUGAUCAGUCUUCUGCCACCAUGCAGAAUAAGAGUUCAAAUGCAAUACUUGUUGAUGGAGCUGUGAUCCAAUCUGAAGAGAGUACUGUUAUCAGAUCUGGAAGUGAAAUAAUUUCAGGUCCCGAGGGAGAAGAGUGUUUAAGCUACAGAUUUAAUGUGUUGCCUGGUCCUGAAACUUGUCAGAAGAUGCUGAAAAUUAGUGUGGAUGCCGAGCACGCAAAGUGCUGCAUUUGUUUAAAUAUAUGGCAUGAUGCUGUUACCAUCGCUCCUUGCUUCCAUAACUUCUGCAACGGAUGCUUCUCAGAGUGGUUAAAGAGAUCGCAGGAGAAACGUGCAAGUGUUCUCUGUCCCCAGUGUCGAGCAGUUGUGCAAUUUGUUGGAAGAAACCAUUUCCUGCAUAACAUUGCUGAUGAAAUACUUAAUGCAGAUUCUUCACUGAGACGCUCUAACGAAGACAUUGCAGUUUUAGAUUCCUAUGCAACAGUACGGUCAAAUCUUGUCAUAAAGUUGGGAAAGGGGCUGCUUGGGAAAAGGGUUCGUUCGGCAGUGCGAGAUGAAGCUGAAACUGUUGAGCUUCCAUGCCCUCAAUGCAGUACUCAAUUUGGUGGGUUUCUCUGCGAUCGAAGCACUACCCAUCUGCAAUGUCAAGCAUGUGGAGGAAUGAUGCCUUCACGAACCAAUAUAAGUGUACCUCAACACUGUAUAGGGUGUGACAGGUCAUUUUGUGGUGCAUAUUGGCAUGCUCAGGGAGUUGCACAAAGUGCCUCUCACCACGUAUGCAGUCCCGAUACUUUCAAACCAAUCUCUGAACGCACCAUGUCUAGAAUUCCUACUUCUGCACAUGAAAACAAUCGACAUGAACAAGAAAUCACUAGGAGGUGUAUUGUACAAAUGGGGAGAACGUUGCAGGAUGUUAUUGCAGAAUGGAUGACAAUGUUCAAUAACAGGACAAUUGAUCGAACUAACAGGAUGCCACUGAAGCAUGCCGAGCUGAUAACUUCUGGGACAUAUACGUGCAGUGAUUGUUAUGAGAAGUUGAUCUCAUUCCUCUUGUACUGGUUUCGGGUUUCGGUCUCUGCAUCUCAUCUUCCACCAGAUGCGUCACAAAGGGCGAAUUGCUGGUAUGGAUAUGCAUGUCGAACACAGCACCAUAAUGAAGAUCAUGCUCGUAAAAGGAAUCAUGUAUGCCGGCCGACUAGGGGUGCAAAUGUGUAGAAUUUUAUUUUUAGCUUUUGCUGUUUUCACAAACAAGGCUGGAAUUUGCUAUUCUGGUGCGAUGGAUUUUUCCUGAUAUCAUUUUAGUUGCCAGCCAGACUUAUGUGUAUGUUGUUUUAUCCUAAUUUGAAGUAUUUUAGGUUGUAUUUUCAAGUCAAUGAUCUUAUAAAUGCGAGCCUAAAUACUAUUUCAGUUCA